AUGACUUCACAAGACGGUGCUAUCGGGUCAAGUCCACCUACUACGCAAGAGACUGGUGAGCGAAGGAAGUCAGGCCGCACCGUCCGAAAACCUGACGUAUUCGCUGAAGAACACCAUGAAGGCAGUCUGUUGAGUAACGGCUCUGGGAAACGAAAACGCCAGUCCAAUGGGGAUGCAUUGCUUGAUCUAGAUGCGGACGCAUCCCAAGAGGAAGAGUCAGAUGAACAGAGUGAGGGUUCUGCAGACGAGGAAGAGCUCAAAGAAAGGAGGAGGCAGUCAAGGCAAAAAAAGUCAACCCCCAAACCGAGUAAGAGAGCAAAGAUUUCCAACGGUACCGGCACGACUCUUGCCAUUCGGUCUGCUAAGGUAACCCCGAAAAAUGUUUCUCAGAAAGCUCGAGUACAGAAGGCCCGUUCGCGACAGAGUCAGGUAAACCAGGAGGGUUUGUACGCCGAAGUUUUUGGGCGAGGCAACUCUGGCGAAGAUGCCGCCGCUGGUUGGUUUCAACGAUACGAGCAAAAUAAUGUCAAUGCAAUGUGUGAAAUGGUAAAUUUCGUCCUGCAAUGUACUGGAUGCAAAGCCAAGGUCACAGUGCAUGAUAUCGAAGAUGUUGAUAACAUUCCGAACAAACUUGGCGACCUUCAGGAUGAGUAUCAAGAAGCCUCAAUUACUGAUUAUCCUUUAAUAUCCAAACACAAAGACUACGCCGCCUUUCGACCAGUCCUUGUCGACUUCUUUAGCGCUGUAAUACGGACCAUGCAUAAUUCUUCGACCCUGUACGAAGACCAGACUCUCUUCGACAAUAUCCAAAUCUGGGUUGAUACAAUGUCGUCAGCUGGAAUUCGGCCGUUCCGGCAUACGGCCACUCUUAUCUCGCUGACCAUGUCAACCGCUCUUUGCCAGGUUGCGCGCGAUCUCGAAUCGAUUAUAUCAAUGUCGAGACGACAGGCCGAAACGGAGGGCAGGAAGAAAAAGGUCAACCAAGCUAGAGUGAAAUCAAUGCAGCAAAAGACUGAAGCAGAUGAGAAGAAGCUCGCAACAGUUGAAAACAUUCUCAAAGAUGAAUUCGAUGUCGUUUUCGUGCAUCGGUAUCGAGAUGUAGACCCGAAGAUCCGAGUUGAGUGCGUCAGUGCGAUGGGAAACUGGAUCAUGACAUACCGAAGCAUGUUUCUUGAAGGGCAAUAUUUGCGAUACCUUGGCUGGGUUCUUUCGGACACCGUUGCUCAUACUCGCGCGGAGGUCGUUAAACAACUAAAGCUUCUAUUCAGGAAUCCAGGCAACGUUGGCCCUCUGCGAGGUUUCACAGAUCGAUUCAGAUCCCGAAUCGUUGAAAUUGCGACGAGGGAUGCGGAACCUGGCGUUAGAGCCGACACCAUUGAGCUGCUGGACAGAUUGAGAGAUGCUGAACUUCUCGAACCUGACGAUAUCGACAUCAUCGGGCAGCUGAUAUUCGACUCCGAACCAAAAGUGCGUAAAGCUGUCGCCAAAUUCUUUGUCUCGAACCUCGAAGAUUUGUACAAGGCCAACAUCGAGCCCAUUGGUGAUGAGCAAAUAGACUCUCUUAUGCCGAAAGCAUAUGAUAGUGAGGACUACCUGUCUCCAACAAGAUCGUGGAUCAAGUUCAAAUGCCUGGCUGAAACCUUAAAAGCCUAUGAUGGAAACGAGGAAGAGGGCAAUGGUCAUAGACCAACAAGCAUGCUUGUUGCGUCCAAUAUGGACUCGCGUUAUAUGCUUGCCACCCAGGCCAUAUUCUCACACAUGCACGAGCUUCAAGAGUGGGAGUCAUUGGCAGGAUAUUUGUUAUAUGACCACUCCGCGAUAACAAGUGAUGCUGAUGAUGCCGACCCUGCAGCUGCUCUUCAAGGAAUCUACAAAUUAAACGACGGCGAAGAGGCCAUUUUGUUAGAGGUUCUGGACUACACAGUGAAGCUAUAUCUCAUCCAAACUGUUGAGUCGCAAACAGAGGGAAAGAAAAAGGGGCGCAAGACGCAAGCGAGCAAAAACAACGUCCACGAUAAGCAAGAAACAGCAGCCUACCACCUUUCAAAGAUCAUUCCCCAGCUGCUGAACAAAUACGGUUCCGUCCCCCAAGCCGCGUCUGCCAUUCUCAGAUUGGAACAUCUGCUUGAUAUGGAUCUGCUCAAUGAGCUUCAAUCAAGCGAGACAACCUACUCUGCCUUGUUGGAUGACAUCAAUAAGCAAUUCAUGACCCACUCGGAUAGAUCUGUUCUCGCAGAAGCAAGCGUUGCUCUGCUCAAGGCAAAGAGUUCCGAGCCAGUCAAGGAGGCAGCAGACAAUAAAAUGCAAGAGAUGUGGGACGACAUACUGAAUACACUACAGAACUUGCUUCACGAUCAGAAUUCAGAGGCAAGGGGAACUCUACCGAGAAACCUAUUGACUGAGGUAUCCAACACAGUCUCUCGACUGUCGAGUUUGGCAAGCAUAUCGGACUGCACGUUAUUCCUUGAGACAACCAUGCCAGCUUCAUCAUCGAAAAAGAAACAGCAGAGCCAGGCUGCAAACCCCAGCCCUCUCGACCUCCUCUUACAGCUCUGCAGACGAGGCACAGUAGAUGAGGAAGUAGAAGACGACGUUGCUGCAUUAGAGGACGACCUAGCCACAUGCGCCAUCAAAACCCUGCUCUUCUACUUCAUGUGGAAGAUCCAAUCCAUCCGCUCUUCCAUAACCUCCAACAACAUCCACCAUCUGGAGCACCACCCAGACCUGCUCACCGAUCUAUCCACCCACCGCACCACCUUCGCAGACACCCUCUCAGAGAUCACGUCCAGCCGCCUCCCGCUCGAUCCACUCCGCCUCCUCUCCCUAAGCACAACCCUAGACCUCUACACCCUCUUCUCCACCCUCCGCCACGUCAGGCCAGCAAAAGAAUCCCAACACCUCCCCCCACCCGUCCGCAACCAACUCGACGACCUCAUCCCCCCCAUCCCAUCCCCCCUCCAAACCGCCACGCUACAAACCCACGACCGCCUGGAAAAAAUCUUCGCCAAAAAAUCCCGCCGGAAACUCGACCCUUCCUCCUCCGUCUCCAAACCCAACCACCCCGAACCAGCCGAGAACGACGCUCCAAUCGGCGACUCCUCGGAUUCAGACUCCGACUCCGCCGCUGACAACGACGACGACGAAGAUGAUGACGGUGCCCCGGACGUUGCCGGAGGCGGCGGCGGCGGAAAAGACGCGCGCAAAGCCUCCGUCCUGCUCGCCGAGCAGAAUCUAUGCGAAUUCACCGGGAAGCUGGUCCUAGCCGUGAUUGCGGGCGUGGUUGGGGAUGCAGAGACGGAGACGGGGACGGAGAAGAUGGGCGUGAGGGAGAGGCUCUGUCGGAAUCGGAUGAGGCUGGGUGCGAAUUACCGCGAGGUGCUGGGGUAUUUGGAGGAUAAGAGGGAGAAAUUGGAGGGGAAGAAGGCGGCUGGCCCUGCUGGGAAGAAGGGUGCCGGGGAGGCGAUGGGGAUGGGGAAGGGGAAAGGGGGGGAGAGGAAGGGAGAGGAGAAGGAGAAGGAGAAAGAAAAGGAGAGGAAGAGUGAGCCGUUGGUGUUGGAGGAGGAUGAUAUUCGGGAUGAUGAGCUGGAGAAUGAAGAGGGUGGGGAGGAGGAAGCACAGGAAGAAGAGGUUGAGGAGGAAGGGCGGGCACGAGAGGGGAAUGGUGAGGACGUCGAAAGCGUCAUGGGUGAUUGA